GCGCUAGCAGACGCUCAUCAGGCAGUUGGCAUUGGCACUCCACCUUCCAUUCCACCAGACGCAAGCGAGCGCCCCCCACCUCCGCUCCUUAGUCCUUCCUCUCAACCGGGGCACGGCGCCUGGCUGCUCCGAGGCGAAGCCGGAGGACGACGGCAUGGCGCGGCGCGAGGCGGCGAGGCUUCUCCGUCGCCUGGGCCCGCUCGCGGUCGAGUCGCCGACGCGAGGCAUGCCUCGUUGUCAACAUGAAUCUGCAAACCACAUUGUGAAUUCUUGUAGAAGAUUCCACUGGAUUCCCAGUCUACAGCGCCCUCUGUGUGGACCUACAACUUGUCGGGGAAUAUAUGAAGGUCAAAGCAGUGCUAACAAGGCUUGUGAAGUUCAGAAGCGCACAUUUGGUUCUGCUGCAACUGCAACACACAUUCAGAGGAAUCCAGCCUAUUCACAGCUGAGCUCUGAUGAUGUUUCUUACUUCAAGAGUGUCUUGGGUGAAAAUGGUGUAGUUCAGGAUGAAGACAGAGUCGCAGUUGCAAAUGUAGAUUGGAUGGGUAAAUACAGGGGUGCAAGUCAGCUACUACUUUUACCAAAAAAUACUGCAGAGGUUUCUAAGAUUCUUUCAUAUUGCAACACCAGACGAUUGGCUGUGGUUCCACAGGGUGGCAACACAGGUCUUGUAGGUGGCAGUGUGCCUGUUUAUGAUGAGGUGAUUGUUGGCCUCGCAGGCAUGGACAAAAUCAUUUCCUUUGAUAAUGUUAAUGGCAUUCUUACUUGUGAAGCUGGUUGUGUGUUGGAGAGUUUAAGUAACUUCGUGGAAAAUGAAGGGUUUAUUAUGCCACUUGACUUGGGAGCAAAAGGUAGUUGCCACAUUGGUGGGAAUGUUUCAACUAAUGCGGGUGGCCUGCGUUUCAUACGCUAUGGUUCACUUCAUGGAAGUGUACUCGGUCUUGAAGUUGUCCUGGCUGAUGGGACUAUCCUUGAUAUGCUUACUACUUUAAGGAAAGACAAUACUGGGUAUGAUCUGAAGCACUUAUUUAUUGGAAGUGAAGGCUCACUAGGAGUAGUCACCAAAAUAUCAGUACUUACGCCUGCAAAGCUACCAUCAACUAAUGUUGCAUUUCUUUCCUGCAAUGACUACAAAAGCUGCCAGAAAUUACUGCUGGCAGCAAGGAGGAGCUUGGGUGAGAUCUUGUCUGCAUUUGAAUUCAUGGAUCAUCACUGUAUUAAUCUGGCUAUGCGACAUUUGGAAGGAGUUCAUAAUCCAUUACCUGCAUCACCAUACAAAUUUUAUGUUUUAAUUGAGACAACAGGAAGUGAUGAAUCAUAUGACAAAACAAAACUGGAAGCAUUUUUGUUGCGUUCAAUGGAAGAUGGUCUAGUAGCUGAUGGUGUUAUCGCGCAGGAUAUCAGCCAAGCAUCAAACUUUUGGCGGAUCCGCGAGGGUAUAUCAGAAGCAUCUGUCAAAGUUGGUGCUGUGUAUAAAUAUGACUUGUCCAUACCUGUAGAGAAGCUCUAUGAUAUUGUUGAAGAAAUGCGCUGCCGUCUUGGUGAUAGUGCAGAGGUAUUGGGGUACGGCCACCUUGGAGAUGGGAAUCUGCAUUUGAACAUUGUAUCAAGCAAAUAUGACGACAGUACUCUUGGACGAAUUGAACCAUUUGUCUAUGAAUGGACUUCAGCACAAAGAGGAAGCAUCAGUGCAGAGCAUGGUUUGGGGCUAAUGAAAGCUGAGAAGAUUCACUACAGUAAAUCACCUGAAGCAGUGCAACUAAUGGCCUCCAUCAAGAAGUUGCUGGACCCCAAUUCGAUACUGAACCCCUACAAGGUUCUGCCGCAGUCUGUACUGUAGCUGAAGGUACUCUGUUAUCGGCAGUAUGUAAUAUACCGUAAAGCAGGUUAGGGACCCUUCAACUCACUGAUGAGCUUGUGCCUGACCAGACUAGCCGCUUAAUGCUUGAGUGAGCUGAGCAAAGUGAAUAAUUGGCAAGUAGUUGAGGAUGCAAACGACAAGCAAUGCCAUUUUUGAAGUGCGACAUCGUCGUGCCAGCCUUGCUUUGAAGACUCAAAGAAAAAGUCAGUCCGGCGGUUCGACAGCUCACUAUAGCUAAUAGCAAGUCAAUCCGGCGGUCCAAAACGUCAAAUGAUUGAAACCGAAGAUAGAAGGUCUAUUUUUAAGCACUUGUUCUGCCAGCCAGCAGCUCUCAUAAUAAAUCAGUGUACAGUACUUCCAGUCAUGGUUUUUCGGACAAGCGAACAGACUUACAUGUUGUUCUAGCUUGCUUGAUACGACUUUCAUCAGUUUUUCUUUGUCCCAGUGGACAAGUGGUGAAAUGGAUUAACAUAAAUUAAACAGCUAGCAAUAAUACCCUUUUUUUUGGAGCA